UUGGUAUCUAGACAACUAUCCUAAUGAUGCCUUUGAGACCAAGUGAUGGAAAUGAAGCUGAUAUAACUAACAGCAGUCCUAAAAUUAACUAGCUUAGUCUACCACAAACUGGUACUGGAUAAUACGACAUAUCUACAACACAGUACACCCACUUACAUUCAUCCACUUUCUUAUCUCUUAACUGAACCAUUUUCUUCUUCAGUCACGCCCAUCCAUCUCGAUUUGACUCCACUAUGGAGUCUAUUCAUGAUGACCAGAUACUAAAACGAGCUCUCCUAAGGGACAAGUACACCCAGGUGGUGUCAAACCUACUCAAGGAACUGAACUCCCAGGCAAAGACAGCUUAUGCACAUGAUGAGCUCACUAAUCUUGGGGUUUCUCUUGGAUGCUUCGACCCGUCCGAUCAUAUAUUCCUCGAUUCCAAAGCGUGCCUUUUCAAGCCUCUGUCCUUGAAGGAGUUCAAAGAGUACUCUCUUCUCGAAUCCGAAUUGAAUCAAGGCGCUUGUAGAUACUAUUACUUGCGAUUUGAUAAGAUAUAGACGACCCCGCGAAGGAAAAAAAUGCAUCCUCUUCCAGUAUUAUGUGGGAUAGAGCAAAUCAAAUUUUCGAAUACUUAGAUACCGGUUACACCAGCUUGCGUAAGAAGAGCGUUGACAAUCUUGACUUUUUCGACGAAGUCUCUGGAUGGGACCAGAUCAAGUAAGCUAGAAUCGAAUUAUCUGCAAGAUAGAUAUAUUAUACUGAUACACAGGUUUAAUAACGCAGACAUGAUAAUUCGUUUCUCGAUGGAGGAAAGGGACUAUUGCUUGGCCUUCGCGAGGGCAGAGAUAUUCCAAGAUGGGGUUGUAAGGCUGAGCGCGAAUGGCAGGAAGACUAUGAAGACCCAAGGACAAUUCGCCCACAUAUAAUGCUCAUCAUUUGCACUGGAGCGGAGGCCAAAGAUA